AUAAAAAAAAAAAAUCCUCUGUAAUUCAGAAGAACAUAAAUCAAGAGUUAUUUUGAAUUAGCUAUGUAACAUGUACAAAUUAUCAAGUAGCAUUACUUAAUCCAACAUAAUUAUCAAAUUCUAACUCAAACAGAGCACGAUAAUAAAUAAAUAAAUUUCAACGGUUAUUGGAGUGCAUAAUGCACCUAAUGAAAAACAAUGUUGGAAUUAAUGAUGAUGAGGUUGCAUAUAUCACAUACAAAGUUUAUUCUAUUAUUGAGUUUCCAUUAUGAAUUAUCUCGAUUGUAAUGCACAAUUAUUCCCAACUCUUCAAUCCACCACGCCAUAGACAUCUCUUUUGUGCAAUGCACAUGAACAUUAAUCAUUAAUCUCAUAAAUCUCUUAAAUAACUACCAACUUCACCUAGCUAUAAACACACCUCAAAACCUUGUAUUUAAAAAUUAAGAAAUUAAUUAAUAAUUUAAAUAAACUGAAAUAGAAUAUCUAUAUUCUAUAGUAUAUUAUAUGAAACAUCAGUUUUAACUGUAAAAUUUUGACGCUAACUUUUUGUUUAAUUUUAAAAAACGUGAUUUACUUAUGGAUCCAUGAUUAUCUCAACAAUAAGUAAAUCACGGUAGGGUUUUUCAAAUCCUAUUUAAGCCCUCUAAUUAGCUAAAAUUUCCUUCCUCUUUCAUUUGUUUCAUUCCUCCCUCUUUCAUCUGUUUCAUCUUUGUUUCAUGAUGUCCCGAAAAAGAAGAAACCCCGAUUCCAGCCCGAAUGUUCGAGCGGCUCGAAGAUGUGGACAUCGUUCAUCAUCUAGUUCAUCGUCUGCCAAUGACAAUCGUUCGUGGUUCUGCCAGCAGCCACAGCAGUUGGAGCAUCAUUCACCGUCUAGUUCAUCGUAUGCCAAUGACAAUUGGUCGUGGUUUUGCCAGCAGCCGGCACAUCAGUUGGAUCAUGACAAUGUUAAUCGUCUUAUGCAACGACUCUCCUCGGAGUUUUUUGGGAUGCUCUACGUCUUGCUUUCGGAGUGGGGCUUGGACAUACCCUAUUCGUCGUUGGAGCCUUGGUCGCGCGAAGUUGCUAGGUAUACGCUCGGGUUGCUUUACCCGAAUCACCCGAUGUACGGUCUCCAUGGUACAUUUACAUUUGAUUAGCUUACAAGUUAUGUAGUAUGAAAAUCUAAACAAAUGUAUAGAUUUUUACAUUUGUUUUACAUUUGUUUAGCUUAUGCACAUUACAUUUUAAUAGCCACCAUGUUUUUUUUUUUUUUUGUUUUCGAGAUCUAUUGAAGUCUAAUGAAUAAAUGUAAGUGACAUUUGAUA